AUGGAGGAUCCUCAGACGUCCGCCACACCAGCACCUCCGAGCUGCUUCAACUGCAAGAAGCUGCAAACCGAGUUCCCAAAACUUCUCAUGCGCUGUGCAAAGUGUCGAACAGCUCUCUACUGCUCCCUCGAAUGUCAGAAGGCCGACUGGAAGAGCCACAAACCCACCUGCCACCUUACAGGAUCUGCCCCUCCUCCCAACCCGCCCCAGGGGCCCAAGGCCCGCCACAACCCAGGCUUUCAGGCCAUGAACGACAUGUUUGGGCUUUCCAACGACGACUUCCUCCACGACCGUCCCGAGGGAGAGGUCUUCAAUCUUCUCAUCGACUCUUUCAGAAUGCGAGUGGAAGACGAGUCUGUGUACGGCGGGAAUACAAUCGGCGUUUACAAUGGAGAAAAUACACUUCCCCUGUUCAAGAAGUUUUUGAGUCUUGCAGAAUCGAGACAGAAGCUUCUUCCAACUUGGUGGAGCUCGGUGGAGAGAGGGGAGUGCGAGAGGCUCGCGGAGAGCGGCAGUCAGUGGAGCGAUAUCAAUUGUGCUGUUGAGAAAAGUGAAAUCCAGGAUCAUUAUAACGACAACUUGAUGCCAAUGAAGUUGAGAAUCCUGGCAGAGAAGAUUUAUGGCAAGGGCUUCAUGUGA